CAGCAAGGCAACUGUAUUUAACAAUUUCAACUUGAAAAUGUCAAAACGCGCGUAUAAAAAAUGUACUCGCUAAUUUAUAAAUGUCAAACUUUAGAUAAUGAAAAUUCAUCAAAUCAAUGCUGUUGUAACCUUAUUAAAUUCGCCUUGAAAACCGAAAUUUCAAAUAAAAACAGCAACAGCAUCUAUAAAAUUGCGCGGAAUUUAUGAAAAUUUAAUUUUGAUUUAAAAAUAAAACAAAAAUCAUAUACAAAAAUGGAAAAUUGCUCGGAGCAAUUAAAAAGACAAUUAGUUAAAUGCCGCAAUUUGUUAAAUAAAGGCUACACAAAUGUACAGAACAGCAGAUUAAACUGGUUAAAUACAUUUUGUUUAGAAUUUUUGAAAUUUUCACAAAAUUUGCAUACAUUCUUGUCACGGGUGCAGGAGCAAAAGAAAUAUGAUAAAAAUCAUGAACAAAUCGAGAUUGUGUACUUAUGUUUGACCCAAAUUAUGACCUGUAUCAAACACUUGGAAAAUACUCUUAAGGCUGAGGAGCGACAGGGUGCCGCAAUAUCGGCUUCACGUCAACAUUUCUUAGACCGUAUAAACUGGUGUCUGGAACGUUUGCGUAGUUGUUUAAAAUUCUUGUCGAAUCGUGAGGAGCCCAAAAAAUUAACCAUCCCAGAGGAAAGGUCCUUUGUGGAACUAAUGGAUAUGGUUUUAGAUCUUUUGGCUCCCUACAGCAGCUAUAAAGAUGAAUCUCAAACCGCUGCCACACAAAAAUGUUUAAAUUUAGCUGAAAAUCAAUCAGAGGCCAUGUUUGCCAGUCAACAAAUACGUUCCAUUGUUGACUUUAUACUUAGUCAUACAUUGGCAUUUGCCAAUGUGGCUUUGCAGCAGGACAAAAAGGCCUUAAGUGCUCUGUGUCAGAAGGUUUUACGUGAGUGUAUGGCAUUUCAGGAAGAAUGCAAGGCUGCCCUAUUGCCAGGCGCCCAACACAACGAUAGUAAUCGUAAAUUAAAGGCAAUAUCAUUGGAAAAUGCUUUAUAUCAAUUGGAAGAUUAUAUCAAUGAAGCACUUUUACGUUUGGUUUAUACUUGCUUUUUAGAUUUUAAUAACUUUUCCAUAGAUAAAUUGAGAACAAUGAUAAGGGAACGUCAUGCCGACGAUCCUUUAUUGGAUGAAUUGAUAGCAGAUUUUGAUGUGAAUGUUGAUAGGACAACACAAAUUGGUAUAUUUGCAAUAGCAUUUGCACCGAAUGUAAAAAUUAAAACUAUUGUACGCAGCUGUUUAGCUUCAUUUGAAUCCUUAGAUUCUUGUAUCAUACCUUCGCUACAAUCUACUAAGGGCACUGCUGAUAUCUUUGCCCAACUUCUGGAACAACAUUUCAAUGAAGAAGUUGCCAAUUUUAAAAAAGCCAUACAAGAGAUUAUCGAUAGUCAAGCAUUUGCUUCCUGCUAUUAUGAACUCUUAACACAAGUCAUUAAUCAAAAUGACAAAGAAUAUAACAGGGAUUCUCUAGAGAAUAUUAUAAAAAUGGCAGAAUUCCUCUAUGAACACUUUCAAUUACCCGUAAAUAAUAAAGAAUUACAAAAAGAAGCUGAUCGUUUGGAAUUAUUUAAGAAGUUUCACUUAAUGCUGCUAGAAUGUCAGGCAGUUUUGAAAUGCACCACCGAAAAGCUGGAACCAGCUAGAAUAUUAAAACGUUUUAAAAUUUUACGUUCUAUUUUACGUAAAUUUAUUGAUGAGCUGGGCGAUAAAGGCGCCAAUGGUGUGGCAAAUAAAUCACAAAUGUUUAUAAUGUCAGAAGACUUGAGUGAUUCACAGAAAAUGUUUGCCUCUAUUGGUAUUUCACCCUCUAUACGUAGUAUAUUGUAUAAUAACAAUACACCCAUGGAAAAUCGAAGACAACAGCGUUUGUUAAAUGAUUCUUUAAAGGCGAAUUAUUCAAAGUUAAAUACAACAACAGAACAAGUAGCAACUCCAUCCAAAAGCACAAGUACAGGUCAGCCAAUAGCUAAAGUUGUACCAACCGCAACAACACAACGUGCCAGUUUACGCAGAAAGGAAAGUUUACGUACCGCUUUGUUUAAGCGACAAAAAACUAGUGAAACUGAACAAAUUUACACAGUAUACAAAAACAAUUCGGACAGUUUACAAAUAAGUGAAAUUCUCGAUCAAUUAACUGGUUUAUCUUCGAAUUUAUCCAAACAUACGUUAAAUAACAGUAUUAUAUCUAAUUAAUUUUAGAAAGUUGUUUAAUUAUAAAAAAGUAUUAUUUGUAAGUAAUGUUAGAAAUGUGUUAACUAACAAUAGUAAUUCUAAUUAACAUUAGAAAUUUGUUUAUUUUAAAAUUUUUUAUUUGUAAUUAAAAGUGCUUAAGCACUGUCACCAUUUAUUUUUAGUAUUUUAGUUUAAUUAUCUUUAUUUUUUUAAGAAUUUAUUACUUUAUAUUUUAAGUUUACACGUUUGAAAGUGUAUUCGUUUAUUUAUUUGUUUAUGACCUAAAUGAUUUAAAAUCAAUUUUUAAGAAACAAAUUAUUUUUUUAUUAAAAAAAAAGUUUUUUUUAAUGUAUUUUAAUAUGCAUGUCCUUUUUGUAAGUGUAUGUUGUUUAAUUAAUUAACAAAACUUUUCUAAUUUAAGAAUUUAAUUACGUUAUUAUUUUAAAAUAAAAUCUAUAAUUAAAUAAAAUCAUCAGUCAAUAUGGA